ACUGCGAGUGACGGUUACUCUGACGUCAUGCGGAAGUAAACGUCAAGGCGAUACACGGAGCCCACAAUGGCACAUUAAAGGUGUUCCUACUAAAUUAUCACAGUUUUAUCUCUAUUUCAUUUCCAAAGUUUCAUCUCUAUUGGAUCAACUUACCGAUGCUUAACAAGAUAAACUGGUAAUUCCCUCUGCCAAAAUCAUAGUAGGUGGGAAACGACCACAGGGAAAGACUAUGGUCAUUUAACUCUUAGCUAGUUUACCAGCGUAACGCAAAAAAUGACAAGUAAGUAACAAAUGUAAAGCUGACACUAGGUCAUGCGCUAUCGUGUAUUAUCAUGGUUCAAAUCAGAUCGUCCAGGGUUUUUUCUGGGAACAACCCUGCUGGUAGGGCUUGUGUUGUUGGUAUAUGUUGGAGGUAUCCAAUCGAGUCUCAGUUUAGGACCAGGAGGAGACUUCCCACGUUUCAGAGAUGUGUUCUUGUAUGCUGUCAGUCAUGAUGAUUUACCUUCUCUGGUGGUCAGUGUAUUUCUCCUGCUGUUGUUGGGACCAUGUCAGGAGCGUCGCUGGGGAACAGUCGCCUUCCUUGGUCUCUCCACUUUGACAAUGACCAUAUUACCUCUUGUUUACACCUUGGUCCUCUUCGUCUUUGGUUUUGAGGCCAGUCUGGUCUGUGGCUAUGCUGCCAUCCAGUUGACAUUGUUUACCGUUCAGUGUCAUCACAUGACAAAGAGGCGACUGCAGAGGUGGUUGCCUGUUUGGAUCCUUCCCUGGUUGCUUCUGCUGCUUUGUCUGCUCAUACUCCCCGGGACACCUGCUCUGCUCAACGUCUGUGCAAUAUGCAUUGGUUAUAAUUACAGCCAGACCUUCAUUGGGAUGCUCCAGGAGCUGGAGGUCCUGAGCUUCAUUCCCCCUGCAGCAUAUAUUCCCGCUUCAUCCAGGCCCACUUUGCCAACCUUCAGAACAUCACAGAUGUCUAGAUCAUGUUCUCCAACUGUUCAUGAAUAUCAGACAACACCAUCAUCAAUGAGGGACCUGUUCAUUUUGAACCACCACCAGAGGGAGGAGCCACUGCCUGCCAGGAGGCAAGAGUCAUUAGCCCUAUCUGAAGCAGAGGUAUUGGAGGAACAGAUGCUGAGGGCUGGAAUACUUGCCUCCUUGCAGGAUGCUCCAGAAGAAGUAAAUCCAAAAGUAGAAGUGACCAAAUCUUCUGUUUCUGCUUUGAGACUACAACAGCUGGAGAAGAUGGGCUUCCCCACAGAAAAAGCUGUCGUGGCACUUGCAGCAUCAAAGCAGCUGGAUGGUGCCAUCUCUCUGCUCAUAGAUGGUAGAGUUGGCGAGCAGGCUGUGGUGGUAGCCAAGGGAAAGAAGACAACGGGACCAAAAAGCCCUUAGGUGAUAAUAUUUUUUGCCCCCAUAACUGUGCUAUCAGUACAGUACUGCACUUGACAGUACUGUAUUACUGAGCACGGAUGGGCAUUUGACUCUGUUUCUUCUUAUCAACAAUGGGUGAAGUCCAUUCAUAGUUUAUUCUGACCUCCUGCUUCAAUGUGAGUGUCACAUUGAGCAGAAUAAUGCUGCCCUGUCCAGAGGAGUUGCCAUAGUGUGUAUGUAGCGCAACUUUCCAUAGCUGAUGUAUGUUUCUUCUUUAAACAGGCAGUUAGUUGAAAUCAACAGCGCCUCUGCUGGUUGUAGCAUCAUAGUGCACUCUAUUUUGCCUCAGUUGCGUGAUUAAUUUCUGUAUUAAGUUCCACAAUAUACAGAUAUUCUUUAUAUAUCAGUCACUUAAUCACUUACAAUUCCUCGAUAUUUCAGAGUGAAUGUUUAUUAUUGCUUGUAUUGAUGUGUGAUUAUGUAGUGAUCCAAAAUGAUUUGACAUGUUUUAAAAAAAAACAGUGGACAUCAUUUUAUUACAGCGAUCAUUGAGACAGGAUUAUCUUGACACAAACACAUUUCAAAAGAAAUUUAAAAAAAAAUCAAAAUAUGACAUGAUUACACAACAGCAUACCAAAUAAACUACCACUGACAAUUUUAAAUACUUCCACAAUAAGUUUGAUAUAAAAUGAAAAAGUACAAGUUGUCUUUUCAUCAGGACAGUACCAACAUAUCACUGGUUCCAGUUUUGCUAUUUCCUCUGAGUGUGUGUGUUAAAAAUUUUUCCAGAAUGAAAAAAAAAUGAAAGGAUUUCAAGGAUUCAGGUGAUGUGUAACAAAAGCAAAUAUGUUGUAUUUGAAAUUACUUUUCAGUGUGCAUGUUCAUUGAAAACACAUCAGAAUCAGGGGUGCUCCGAUCGAUUGGUAUCGGUCGAUAUCAGUGAAAAAGCAUGGAAUCAAUAUCAGCCGAUACUUGCUUUAACACGCCGAUCCUUUCCCCCAAACAGCAGCAUUCAGAACAACCAUGUCUGCCGCGUGUGGGACUUCCUGUCUUUGUGACAGUGAUAUAAGUUUGGAACUCUGCAAAACGUGCCUCAAAAAUGUCUCACCAGGGUUUGCCAGAUUUGGUGUGGCAUUUGGGUACGAGCAUUUGGAAGGCUGUGAUGUGUUUGAGGCUAGCAAUGCCGUUAUCGGUCAGGCAGCGGCUAUAAAACCCUGAUCCCGACCCGCUGUACUUGCAAUUGUGGGCAAAAGUUGGGGAUUAGUACCUCCUUAGUAGAGAUUUGGGAACAUGCAGACACUAUGUAGCACUUUUAGUGCAGGGAAUACCAGAAUUUUGUUAAUGUUCUGGUAAACAUAUUGGCUUUAAAUGAGCUAUGUUACAAAAAAUGUUACAAAAAUGAGUAGCUCUUGGCUAUUUUCUAUUUUCAAGUAUCUCUCACAAGAAAAAACCUUGGUGACCCCUAAUGCAGCCAGUAGUACAUUUAAACAUUUACACUGCAUGUAUGUGACUGGUAUUGGUAUCGGCUGAUUUCACUCAUGGAUUAUCGUGAUAGGUAUCGGCAGCGUAAAACCCUGAUCGGAACAUCCCUAAUUAGAAUCAUAAAUCACACAUCUCAGUUGAAGUAGUGAUGACUUAAUCUUUUUAGUGCACUACGUAACACAGAGUUUAAUCAUAUAAGAGAAGUUCAUUCAUUCAUUUUCUACCGCUUAUCCUCAUGAGGGUCGUGGGGGUGCUGGAGCCUAUCCCAGCUGUCUUCGGGCGAGAGGCGGGGUACACCCUGGACUGGUCGCCAGCCAAUCACAGAGCACAUAUAGACAAACAACCAUUCACACUCACAUUCAUACCUAUGGACGAUUUGGAGUCACCAAUUAACCUGGCAUGUUUUUGGAAUGUGGAGGAAACCGGACUCCUCGGAGAAGACCCACGUAUGCCCAUGGAGAGCAUGCAAACUCCACACAGAGAUGGCCGAGGAUGGAAUCGAACUCUGUCUGUGUGGCCUGCGUGCUCAACACACGACCACCAUGCAGCCCAUAAGAGAAGUUGCACAUUGUACAUGCUAAAUAUACUUAAAUAAUGACAUCUGGUGGCAUUGCGGUUACACUGAAAAAUAAUACAAACUGAAGUCUCUGUUAUGACCCUUAUUGCCCAGACAUGAGGCCUGAGGAGCACCACAGAUGGUUAAGACCUUCCUUUUGACAAACACGACCAUGAGGCC